CGACGCUCUAAGUUUAGUGCAGAAGGCGAUCUCACCUGGCAACCUUUCCAACAUGGCUGCGCCCGUGCAGAUUUUUGCAACAUGUUUGUGCGCUCCAGUUUCAAGUUGUGCCGGUCUUUCUCUGGAAAGCAAGCUCUCAAGAAAACAGAACUUCCGUACAUGAACAGGUGCAAUGAACUGCAAAAGCAUUUGCAGGUGCCGUUGUUUGAUGAAAACGAAGCGCCUUUCGUCCCCAGUAUCACCGAAAUGAAGGCAGCCGAGGACCUCUUCGUCAGCCGGCCCAAACAUUCACUCUCUUUCAUAACGUCAGCUGUACGUCCUGAGCAGUACCCUCAACACGACGUGCCGGAGGUGGCCAUUAUGGGAAUAAGCAACGUGGGGAAGUCCUCGCUGCUUAAAGCCAUCUUUAAAGCGCCUGAAGUUACCGUCAAGGUCUCGAAAACUCCUGGACACACAAAAACAUUGAAUUUCUUUGCGGUUGGCAAGAAGCUGUGCUUGGUCGACAUGCCUGGCUACGGUUUCAGACAGCCAAAGGACUUUGCCCUCUUUUCAUCUCAGUUUCUUUCAGGUCGAAAAAACCUGAAGAGGACAUUUCUUGUAAUGGAUGCUGAACAAGGAUUCCAAGAUUAUGACCAAGAUGCUAUAGAGAUGCUGGAAACACUAAGAUCACCGUAUGCUCUGGUCCUUACCAAAAUUGACAAGGCCAAAAAUUCCGCCAUACUCAAGAACCUUAUGUUUGUAAGAGAGCUGCGGGACCAAUACAUGUCAACGCUUUGCUUCCCUCAGCCAUUCUUGGUCAGUUCAGUCACCCGUGAAGGGAUUGCCUUUCUGCAAGCAUUUAUAGCACACAUGGCUGGACUGCUUAAUGUUGAAGAUGCACGAUACGCAGAACCCCCACUGCGCAGCAGGUGUUCAGCAUAAACUUAUCUACAAUUGGACAUUGAAUAUCUAUGUCAUGAUGACAUUGCUUGAGAGCAUUGAUAUUUUCCUAGGACUAUUUAAAUUGUUGGACUUACAUCUUGAACAUCCUGUGGCCG